AUGGCAGAAUCGCAAGAAGAACGUGUUUUAAGCGAGGGUCCUCCUUUAUGCACAUCACAUUGCCGAAAUUCAUUAAUGGAGGUUGAUAUAGUUGAACCGUUAGUUUGUGUAACCUCUGGUGUUUCAGAAAAUUUACCAUACGAACAAGAAAACUUAGUCGGCGAUGUCGCAGGCCACGGUCAGCAGUCGAACAAGGUCCUGCAACUGUCGGAUAUUAGUGAGGUUGGAAGUGAAGAGAUGGAGUUUGGUGACGAGUUACCAGAUCAUGGUUGCCUUCAAAAAGACGAGAUACCAAGAGUUGGCAUGCGGUUUGCGCAGCUAGAGAUGGCUAAUGACUUUUAUGUUACCUACGCCAAGAAAAUAGGAUUUGCAACUAAGAUACGGACGACAACAUAUGACAAGAUCACAAAGAUACCCGCAAGGAUAUAUGUCAAGUUUGACAAAGACAUGCAAGACUGGGUUUUGUUCAAGGUUGACUUGAGGCACUCGCAUCCUUGUUCAGCGAGAAAUGCUGUUCACUACCAUGAGUAUAGGAAGCUGAGCAUGCAUGCGAAAUGCAUGAUCGAGAAUAAUGAUGAGGCUGGGAUUCGACCAAAUAAGACAUUCCUAACUUUGGCAAAUGAGGCUGGAGGCCCGUCUAACCUGGGAUUCUCAGAAAAGGAUUUAAGAAACUAUAUAACAGCGAGGCUCCGAACUAGCAACAUGAAUGCUGAUAUCAGGGAGAUGAUGAGCUACUUUAUGAGGAUGAAGGAGAUCAAUCCAAACUUCUUUUACGCGGUGAAGCUGGAUGAAGAGUGUAAAUUUAGGAGUGCAGUAUGGGUGGAUGCAAGGUGUAGGGCGUCGUAUGAAUACUACGGAGAUGUCGUGUCUGUUGAUAGCACCUACAGUACAAACAGGCAUGGAUUACCGUUUGUGUCAUUCGUUGGGGUCAACCAUCAUGGUAGGUCGACCCUCCUCGGUUGUGCUUUGCUGGGGAAUGAGGAAAUUGCAAGUUAUGAGUGGGUUUUCAGCCAAUGGGUGAAGUGCGUUGGUACUGCUCCACAGCGUAUCAUAACCGAUCAAUACUGA